AUGCAAAAAAAACCUCCAGAAGACGAUUCUAAAUUACCGGUAUUCAAACUUGUUGUUAUUGGUGAAGGUGGUGUUGGAAAAUCUUCCUUAACAAUACAAUUUUUUCAAAAACAUUUCAUUGAUUAUUAUGAUCCAACAAUUGAAGAUCAGUACAUUCAACAUUGUGAAGUUGAUGGGCAAUGGGUUAUUAUGGAUGUUUUAGAUACAGCAGGUCAAGAAGAAUAUUCUGCCAUGAGAGAACAAUAUAUACGUGGAGGAAAAGGUUUUCUAUUAGUUUAUUCUGUUACUGAUGAACGAAGUUUUCAACAAGCUGUACAGUUAUAUAAACAAGUUCUUAGAGUUAAAGAUUCAACAGAAUAUCCCGUUUUAUUAGUAGCUAAUAAGAUUGAUUUAAUUUCACAACGUAAGGUUACUGAAACGCAAGGUCGUAAACUUGCUGAAGAAUUAAAAUUACCAUAUAUUGAAACGUCUGCAAAAGAUCCUCCAGUUAAUGUUGAUGCUGCAUUUCAUGAAUUAGUAAGAAUUGUCAAAUCAUUCCCAUCUGAAGAUGAUGAUGAUUCAUCAUUGGUGAAUACCGGUUUGUCGGGAAAUUUAUCAAAAAAAAAAAAAGGUAAAGGAAAAUGCGCCAUAAUGUGA